AUGGCCUCAAUCCCACCAUCCAUCAAUGUGGAUCAGGAAGCCAAAUGCCCCAUCUGCCUGGAGUGCAUGUCGGACCCAGUGGUCCUGGACUGCGGGCACAGUUUCUGUCGAGGCUGCAUCACCAGUUACUGUGAAAAAUGGGAAGCACUGGGGGAAACACUGGAGUGUCCCACUUGCAAAGCCAAGAUCCAGAAAGGGAAUUUCCGGACCAACUGGCAGCUGAAAAACUUAGUAGGAAAAAUUAAACUCCUGUCACUAAAUCCACAAAAAGACGAUCUAUGUGUGAAACACAAGGAGAAGCUGCACCUGUUCUGCAAAGAAGAUAAAGAGCUGAUGUGCUGGAUAUGUAAGAGAUCCCCGCAACAUAAAUCACAUGCCCUUCUUCUCUUGGAAGAGGCUGCCCAGGAAUAUAAGGAUCAGAUGUGCAGGAGCCUGGAGAUUGUGACAAAUAAGAGAAAGACAAUUCUGGCACAUAAAGCAGACACAGAGAAGGAAAGCCAAGACCUGCUUGAAAAAAUUGAACUGGAGAGGCAAACGGCAGUAGCUGGAUUCAGAAAAUUGCACCAGUUUUUGGAAGAACGAGAACAGCUUCUGCUAGCCCAUAUGGAAGAGGUAGAGAAGGAGAUUGCAAGAAAAAGGGACGAGCACUUGGACAAACUCUCAGAGGAACUCUCCUCUCUUAAAAAUCUCAUCUGGGAAAUUGAGGAGAAGUGUCAGCAGCCAGCAAUUGAACUUCUGCAGGAUAUCAAGAACACCUUGAAGAGUUUUGAGGUUAAGAAGACAUUUGAGAAUCCAGUAGCUUUUCCUCCUGAGCUGAAGUGGAAGAUUGGGGAUUUCUGUCAUACAAAUUCCUUUCUGGAGGAUUUCAUGAAGAAAUUCAAAGGAAAUGUAACUCUGGAUCCGAAGACAGCUCAUCCCCAACUCAUCCUGUCUCAGGAUCUUAAAAGUGUGAGACGGGGAGAUAAAAGUCAAGAGCUGCCCAACAAUCCUGAGAGAUUUGACCAAUUUGGCAUCGUGCUGGGCCUUGAGGGAUUUGCCUCAGGCAGGCAUUUCUGGGAGGUGAGGGUGGAAAGUGAGGAAGAAUGGGUUGUGGGCGUAGCAAGAAAAUCUGUAAAGAGGAAGGGUAAAGUCAACGUGAGUCCGGAGGGAGGGAUCUGGGCUGCAGGGAGGUGGGCAAGUGAGUACAAGGCUUCCAUUAGGAGCAAAAACCCUCUUCUGAGUGCAAGCGGGGAGCUGAAGAGGAUCUGGGUGACUCUGGACUAUGAGAGGGGUCAGGUGGCCUUUUUUGAUGCCGAUUUGGAAACCCAUCUCUACACAUUCUCAGCAGCUUCAUUCUGUGGAGAGACCCUCCUGCCCUUCUUUUGGGUGCAUGGAAAAGCCCACCUCAGACUCUAUCCCUAG